AAAAUACGCGUAUGUGCGCUGAAAACAACACGUUUUAUAUGAUUUUCCUACUUUUGAACAGAAAUUCCACAGUUCACGGGCUCAAUAACUGAAUUAAACUUCAGUCCUCCUUCUCAUCGCUUUCCUCAUCACCAGGGAGUACCUCCCCCGCUCUCGUCUUGUAACAUGAACGAGCGGUACCUUUUUCCAUCAAAUGUUUUCUUCGUCAUGGGCAAAUCUCAGUGUAGUGAAGAUCUCGCUCACGGCUUUUCAUUGCGUUCCGGUUGUUUGAUGCGCGGGCGAUGAUGGGACGCGGUCUUUCACGCACUGACUGGUACCCGACUGGAUAAAACACCUUUUUUUAAAGAGGAAUUUUGCUGACUUCUCCAACUUUUAUUUUCUAAUGCUUGCAGGCCCCGGUGGAGCAGUGCGAUGACUCCCAUUCCCCUGUGUCUGCUGCUGCUCUGUGCCCUGCCCCUGUGUGUUCUUGCCUGGGGGGGCCAUGGUGAUGGUGUUGAUGAAGAGUAUGGCUGGUCCAUGCAGAGGGUCCCGUUAAUUCUAGACAGGCACACAGUGCAUCUGCGGAGCCCCACGUUUGGUGGGAAGGUUGAGGGGGCAGGUGAGGAUGAGGAGGGAGGGUGUGGGAUAAAGUGUCAGAGUGCCCGCCCCCCUCCCGACUGGGCCACACUGGAGAGCAUGCUGGGAUACGAGACGGUGUACGAGAACGGCACACGCACACACAGCAACGUCACGCUGCAGGGCCUGAAUGACACAACCUCACACACGCCCUUACACACCCCCUCACACACUCGCAGGAAACGUCAGGUGUAUGGCGAGGACGGGCGCUUUGUCAUCUCGGACAGCCACUUCACCACCAGCUACCCGUUCUCCACGGCGGUCCGCCUGUCCACGGGCUGCUCCGGGGUCCAAGUGUCUGAAAAACACAUACUGACGGCGGCCCACUGCGUCCACGAUGGGAAGGACUACCUGCAGGGGGUCCGCAGGCUGAAAGUGGGGGUCCUACAGGUCAAAUCUAAACGAGGUAGGAGGGGUGGGAGGAGGAGAGGGGGGAGGAGAGGAGGAGAAGAGGGGCAAAGAGAGGAAGUAGUAGGAGUAGAGGAGAAAGGGAAUGGGAUAGAUGGAGAAGAACCGAGACAGGAGGAGAGACAGAGAGGAGGGAGGAGAGGAGGAGGAGAGGGGCAAGGAGAGGAAGUGGUAGGAGGAGAGGAGAAAGGGAAUGGGAUAGAUGGAGAAGAACCGAGACAGGAGGAGAGACAGAGAGGAGGGAGGAGAGGAGGAGGAGAGGGGCAAGGAGAGGAAGUGGUAGGAGGAGAGGAGAAAGGGAAUGGGAUAGAUGGAGAAGAACCGAGACAGGAGCAGAGACGGAGAGGAGGGAGAAGGAGGAAGGGAGAAAGGGAGAAACAGAACAGGGUUGAUGAGACUGGAGCAGAGGGACGUGAAGGAGGGAACAUGGAGAAGGAGAGGGGACAAGGAGGGGGUAGGCAGAGAAAGAAAGGUAGCAGAAGCAGCCGUGUACAACGCAGCACCGAACUCAAAAUUCAGCCCUCCUUCCACUGGACACGCGUAAAACAAACCCACAUCCCCAAAGGUUGGAUACACACAGGAGAUAGAACCAACGCCAUAUCCCACAACUACGACUACGCCCUCCUGGAGCUCAAACAGCCAAUUAAACAGAAGCACAUGAAACUGGGUGUAGUGGCCCCUACAAAGCCCCUCCCCUUAGGUCGCAUCCACUUCUCAGGGUUCGACAACGAGUCAGAGGGAGAACAAAAGGACGAAGGAGGGGAAAAGGUGGUCUAUCGCUUCUGUUCAGUGACGGAGGAGUCAGACGACCUGUUGUAUCAGCAUUGUGAUGCCCAGCAGGGGGCGUCAGGCGCUGGUGUAUACAUCCGCCUCAGACAGGAAGUGGUGGGGUCCAAUAAGGGGAAGUGGCAGCGGAAGGUUAUCGGGGUGUUCUCAGGGCACCGCCGGGUGGACGGGGACGGGGGUGAACAGAGGGACUAUAAUGUGGCGGUGAGGAUCACUCCGCCUAAAUACGCUCAGAUCUGCCACUGGAUCCAUGGGGAUCCCAGCAUGUGUAGGGAGGCCUGAGACACCAGGGAUAUGUCAGACUGAUCAGAGUAAGAAAAAAAUAAGAUAUGCAUUCAUGUAUCUCCUUUCACGGAGUCCUCAAAGCACUGAGGUGGUGGUGGACAAACUAACCAAUGGCCAGCACAGAAUGAUCAGAUGGAAUAGAACUUUGGAAUAUGGGAUGAUUUUCUUGCUUUGGUCAAUCAAACAGAUCCCUAUCCAGACUGAGGUCUCAAAAUUCUAUGGUGCGAUAAAAACAGGUUUCUUUGUCACAUGUGCUUUUUGUUUCCAAGAAAUACCCAUCGUGCACAUAAUAUGGGUGCUAAGAUGAGUUCCGUUGGUGAUGAUUUUUCUUGGGUAAAUCUUUGUUUUUAGUGUCUACGUGAUUCAGUUAUCUAGCCAAUGCUCUUUUUGUUAUCAUAAUAGUUUUUUCCCAGGGUCUAUAUUUAGAGUGUAAAUGUGUAUUUUGUUGAGUAUUUCCAGAACAUAUAUUUUGCUUGGAAAAAAAUUGGAUCAACAGUGAUGUAAAAAAAAAAGCAAAAAUAAAACGUCUUUAUAUUAAAACCUA